AUGGCUGCUUCUGGCGUAAACUUGGAAAGUGAAGAAGAUGCUAAAUGGGCAGAUUUUUGUGAUGUUCAAGCAAAAACUGUUGCUACCGAUUUAGCCAAUGCUUUCUGUAAAUACUCAUCUUCGUUAGCAAAUAAUUUGCAAACUUUGUCACACAAAGAAUUUAUUUCAAAGUUUAUGGAUUUUUUUAUUGUUCAUUUUGAGUCAGAAAUAGCCAAGAGGAAUUCUUUGAAGGAUGUUAAAUUUUUAAACGGAUCGUCCAAGCCUAGCAGUCACGAAGACUUAAAUGAUUAUUUUGAACAAAGAAAUAGUACACCAUCUCCCAAAGUACACCACAAACCUUUUUUUCGUAGACUUUCUUUCAAAAGUUUGAAAAAAGGCAAGGGGUUUUUUCAUAAACAACACAGUGAUGAAACUGAGCUGUCUCAUCAAGAAAAAUCUAGGGAAAAAAGUUCAAAAACAAAAUUGGCUAAAAUUGUAGUCGAAUGUAGGAAGGAGGGUAUUGUAAAUUAUUUAAUAGGAGAAAAUAAUGAUGGAACUCACAAAUGGGAGAAAUGUCGUUUAGCAUUAGUUAAAACUGUUGGAGGUUACAUGUUAGAAUUUUAUUCUCCACCCAAGUCUGUCAAGCCUAGAAGUGGAGUUUUCUGUUUUUUAAUAACAGAAGCUAGAGAAACGACUGCUUUAGAAAUGCCUGAUCAUGAAAAUACAUUUGUUUUAAAAGCAGAAAAUCAUAUGGAAUAUGUUAUUGAAGCACAUGAUACUGAUGACAUGAGAUCUUGGUUGGCAACUAUUAAAUAUUGUAUGAGAACAGCCUUAACUAUUCAUGAAAAUUUAGAAGUUAAAAGUUUGCUUUGUUCUGAUGAUAAAAAAUCAAAAACAAAUAUUCCUUCUUCAGAAAGUGUUGAAGAUAAUAUAGUUGAAAAUGAAAACAGAGCUGUGCCUCCUGAACUUCCACCUAGAGUUACAGGUUCUGGAACAUUAAAAAAUGGUGAGAAUUCAAAUUCAUGGGUUCCAUCAAGUAGUAAUUCAGAAUUGUGCGCUUCAAGAAAUGACAUUGAAACUUUAGCUGAAACAGAAUUAGAUUUAUCUGCUGCAUUAAAAGAAUACCCAUGGUUUCAUGGGACACUGCCAAGAUCGGAUGCUGCCCAAUUAGUUUUACAUGAAGGUAUUGCCGGUCAUGGAGUAUUUUUGGUUAGGCAGAGCGAAACUAGGAAGGGAGAAUUUGUUUUAACUUUCAAUUUUCAGGGAAGAGCCAAGCAUUUGAGAAUGACCUUAAAUGAUUUGGGACAGUGCAGAGUUCAACACUUGUGGUUUCCAACCAUUAUAGACAUGCUUGAACAUUUUCGGCAGCAUCCCAUACCUUUGGAAAGUGGUGGCACAGCAGAUGUAACUUUAACCCAGUUUGUCAUUGCUUCGAGUGCCACUGUUUCUAACAAUGUCAGUGCGAGGAGCUCAAAUGCAGAUAGGAGACUUCCUCCUAAUCCCGAUCCCGUAGAGGUGAUUCCUAAACUUUCAUGA